CUUAGAUUCUACCUUUUCAAAAGCCAUGACGAGAAGCACCAAAAUUAUCACAUUCUUCAUCUUCCUCCUUCUAGUUCUUUACCCCUCGUUGUUUCAGAGUGUACAUGUGAAGAUGAAGAAGAAGAUCGUGACAAAGACAAGGCUCUUAGGUACAAGAUAGGAGCCAUAGUUUCCAUACUAGUUGCCAGUGCAAUCGGAGUUCUAAUUCCGGUCUUGGGAAAGUUUGUUCCGGCAUUAAGUCCCGAGAAGGGCAUCUUCUUCUUGAUCAAGGCCUUUGCCGCCGGCGUGAUUUUAGCCACCGGAUUCAUUCACGUGCUCCCGGAGGCAUUCGAGCGCCUGACAUCUCCAUGCUUGAGCAAUCAUGUAUGGGAAGAUUUUCCUUUCACUGGUUUUGUGGCCAUGUUUACCGCCAUAGGAACCCUAAUGGUGGACGCUUUCGCCACUGCGUAUUUCAAGAAACUUUAUAUGGAGAAAGGAAAGAUGGAAGCGAAAGGAGAUGAAGAGGAACACGUAGGACAUGAAGGACAUGUUCAUCUUCAUGCUCACACAACACAUCCUCAUUCUCAACAGCUCCUAGUUCGUCAAAAAGUCAUAUCACAGGUAUUGGAGAUGGGGAUAAUAGUGCACUCAGUGAUCAUUGGGAUAUCUUUAGGAGCAUCUGAGAGUCCCAAAACUAUAAAGCCUCUGCUUGCCGCUUUGACUUUUCAUCAAUUAUUUGAGGGCAUGGGACUUGGAAGCAGCAUCACUCAGGCCCAAUUCGACAACAAAACCACAGCAAUAAUGGGAUUGUUCUUUGCUCUGACAACUCCGGCGGGAAUAGCAAUUGGAAUGGGGAUCAGUAAUGUGUAUGAAGAGAAUAGUGAAACUGCUCUUAUUGUCGAAGGCAUAUUUGACUCAGCAUCGGCAGGAAUCUUAAUUUAUAUGGCACUUGUUGAUUUCUUAGCUGCCGAUUUCAUGAGUGAUAAAAUGCUCAAAAACAUUCGUCUUCUACUUGCAGCCAAUAUUUCUCUACUUUUAGGUGCUGCUUUGAUGUCUCUCUUAGCCAAAUGGGCUUGAUGUAUAGCUUGUUUGUUUCUUAGUGUAAAUGUUAACUCCGUGUGAAAAAACUAAUAUUUUGUUGGUGUAAAUUUUUUUUAUUAUGCAUGGAUAUCCUUCU